GCAUUGACAAUAUUUAAAAGUUUAGACCAACCGAAAAACGAUAAUAACAAUAACAAUAAUACUAAUAAUAGUACUAAUGACAAUCAAAGUAAUCAAUCUUCUUCUACAAACGAAGCAAUGAUGCAUCAACAUGAUCAAUCAAUUUCUGACAACAAUCAUCAUUUUAAUAUUUCCAAUUAUGAUGACAAUAAUAAUUCAGACUAUUACAAAACUGCUAAAUACCCUUUGAAAUCUCGUUUAUUGUCAAAUAAGAACAAUACAAUGAAACAUUCAACGUCGCAUACAGGAACACAUGAAAUGGAUGACUUUUCAAAAACUUAA